GGAAGUGAUGUCACAAAGAGAGAAGUGAUUGGUUAUCAGGUGAAGGGUAAGUGCAGAGGGAUGACAUGUGGGUUGUGAGCCUGGAGGCCUGGAAGGAGAGUGGUGUUCCUGAUAGUAAUCAGGAAGCUAAGAAGUGGGUCAGGGAUGAUUUUAGCACAAGAGGAAGAGUUGUACACACACAGCCUCUGGCAUUGCAGAAGUCCAGGUGUUAGGGACAAGGCACAAUGAAACUCAUCAUCCUGGAUAAUAAACCUCAGGCCUGUGAAUGGGCUGCUAAGUACAUCAGAAACCGAAUCAUCCUGUUUAGCCCAGGGCCAGACAAGUAUUUCACCCUGGGACUUCCCACUGGGAAUACCCCUAUGGGGUGCUACAAGAAGCUGAUUGAGUAUUAUAAUAACGGAGACCUGUCCUUUAAGUAUGUGAAGACAUUUAACAUGGACGAGUAUGUGGGCCUCCCCCGUGACCACCCUGAGAGCUACCAUUCCUUUAUGUGGAACAACCUCUUCAAGCACAUUGACAUCCACCCCGAAAACACCCACAUUCUGGAUGGGAAUGCAGCUGAUCUGCAGGCUGAAUGUGAUGCUUAUGAAGAGAAGAUCAAGGCGGCUGGAGGGAUUGAGCUAUUUCUUGGAGGUAUUGGCUACCAUGGGCAUAUUGCCUUCAAUGAGCCUGGCUCAAGUCUGGUGUCUAGGACGCGCGUGAAAACUCUGGCCAUGGAUACUAUCCUGGCCAAUGCUCGGUUCUUUAAUGGAGAUCUCUCAAAAGUCCCUAAGCUGGCUCUGACAGUGGGUGUAGGCACAGUCAUGGAUGCCAGAGAGGUCAUGAUCUUAAUUACAGGGGCCAAAAAGGCAUUUGCACUGUAUAAGGUCACUGAGGAGGGGGUAAGUCACAUGUGGACCGUGUCUGCCUUCCAGCAGCAUCCCCGUACAAUAUUCGUGUGUGAUGAAGAUGCCACACUGGAGCUUAAAGUGAAAACUGUCAAGUAUUUCAAAGGGUUGAUGCUUGUUCAUAACAAGCUAGUAGAACCACUAUACAGUAUAAAAGAAAAAGAAACAGAGAAAAGCCAACCUGCCAAGAAGCCAUAUAGUGACUAACUGGCCCUAAGAACCUCUUGACCCAUCCCUAGAUACACAGACUUUGAGGGUACAGGUCUUAAAAAAAAAGUAUUUCACUGAUCAAAGAUAUGCCCACUCCAA